GAAGCUUUUAGAAUCUGGCUGUAGGGAGAAGAAGACCAUGGUUCUGUUUGUCUAUCUGAGCGCUGUUGUUCCUCGGGUGGUUUUUAUCUUGCACACCGUGUUAGCGGUUUGGAGAGUGACUUUAGUGAAGAAUGAUCCCAUAUACUGGCUGCUGUUGCUUUUGAUCUUGCUCACGCUUGUUGAGAUGAUUGUCACUCUAACCGUUCGGAAAGGCAAAGAUUACAGAGGAUUUUCUCCAGCACUGUUUUUUUAUCUGAUCAAUAUAAUACCUCCAGUAUGGAUGCUUGAACUAUAUCAGCUUGAAGAAUGUAAUUCAAAAAACUCCUCUACUAAAUGCACGAAUUUUAUCCCAUCAACAGAAGCACCAGCUACAAAAGGGCACGGGAAUUCCAGUAGCACCAUCAAUGUGGUCAUUGACUUUUUGAACAGCACACUGGACUGGACACUAGGCUUUCACCAAACGCUCAUGAUUCUACUGAUAGUGGGGAAAUGGAUACUUCCAAUGGGAGUGGGCAUCAGCCGAGACCAGUUAUCCCAGCUCCUCCUGACGUUUGUGGGAAUUGCAGCUGAUAUCUUAGAGUUUAAGAGUGAAACCUUGUCAGAGAAAGGGGUCAGAUGUCAUCCUGAUUUGGUAUAUACAAUUCUGGCUCUUUGGACAUGGAGUAUGUUGCAGUUCCCUUUAGACCUUACAGUGCUUCAGAAACCAGAAGAAUCACAUCCGCGGGAGGUCAGGCCAAAAAAGAAAGAACAAUUGCACAAAUACAGCGCGGACCUCUGGAAUAUUACCAUAAGUAUAUUGAUACAAGACGGACCCUUCUUCACCUUUCGAUUGUUCUUGAUGUUCCACCAAGGGAUUGUUCACCAGAUGCUGGUGUUCUUCACAAUCAAGAAUGCUCUUGUACUGACCCUGCAGAUUUAUCGGUUGGCCUUGAUAUAUUUAGAAAUGCGGCAAUCGAAUGAGACGCAGCAACUGACACCCACUGAGGACAAUGUUCCCACAAGUAACACCGAGAUGGGUGACAUUGCUGAGUAGCUGUACCUCUUCUUGCAGAAGAGGAUUGGAAUGAGGUGACAUUUGAUUCACUCCCUCAAUCGGAGUGUCAGUGGAGAUUUUGUGCUCACAUCUUUAUAACGAGGCUUGAACUCAGAAUCUCCUCACUUCAGUAGGGAAUUAUGAUGCAUAUGUAUUAACACAUAUAUAGUAUAUACCUGAUUUCUUUUAUUAAAGAGUCAUACACCACAGAAACAGACGCUUUGAUCCAACCAGUCCUUGCUGACCAUAAUCCCAAACUAAACUAGUCCCGUGUCUGUGCUCCUGGCCCAUAUCCCUCCAUUUACUGUACCUGUUCCUAUUCAUGUACCUAUCCAAAUGUCUUCUAAAUGUUCCUUCACCAGGAAGUUCAUUCCACAUGCAAACCACCUUCUGUGUAAAAGAAUUUGCCUAAAUAUGUCUUUUUUUUAAAAUCUCUCUCUGCUCACCUUAAAAAUGUGCCCCCUAGUCUUAAAAUCACCCAUCUUAGGGAAAAGACAAUGACCAUUAACUCUAUCUUUACCCCUCAUGAUCCUGUAAGGUCACCACUCGACCUUCUCCACUGCAGUGAAAAAGGUCCCAGCCUUUGUUUAUAAUUCAAACCUUCCAUA